AUGCCAAAGGGAGAGAACAGGCCGAGCGUCCUGUUGACUCCGGAAGAGAACGAUCUGGUGUUUAGUCUCAUCGGAGCUAAAUGUCAGAGUCUAGCGACAGCUGUAGUUCAAUUAUUCACCACCGAGGGACCAGAUCACUCGGAAUGGAAGAAGAAAGACACGGGGGUGUUGUGCCUUAUAAAAGAUAAUAGCAAACGAUCAUACUUCUUCAGGAUCUACUGCCUCUAUCGGAGGUCGUUGAUCUGGGAACAUGAAGUCUAUCUGCAGAUUGAAUACAAAAAUCCAAGACCAUAUUUACAUACAUUUGAAGCGGAGGAAUACAUGACGGCAUUUAAUUUCGCAAACGAAGUUGAAGCGACGGUGCUAAGAAAUAUUCUUUUAGAGAAAAUUGAGUUACGAAAACAAAGACGACAAGUUCGUAACAAUCGUUCGAUGAUGGUCCCUCGUAAUAACUCGACGGUUCACGAGUCUUCGUCGAGGUACAACGGUGCUCCUCCCCCGCCGCCGCUCACCACCACAACAACUACCACAAACACUAAGACUAACACCCUAAAUUCCUUGAAAGGUUCGGGUAGGAAACCUAAAGCGCGCAAACUGACGAAGGCUGACAUCGGCAUGCCGAAGGACUUCAAGCACGUGUCACACGUCGGGUGGGACGCUAACAAAGGUUUCGACGUGGAUUUGCCCGAGGAGAAGCUCCGCUGGUUCUUCGACAAGGCGGGCGUGUCGGAGACGCAGCUGAACGACCAGGAGACGAGGAUGUUCAUAUACGACUUCAUCAUCAAGAACGGGGGCGCCGACGCUGUCAACGAGGACCUCACCGACGAGCCGCCGCCGCCUUACUCGGAGUCCCGGAGCCCCGCGCCACCUGUCCCCGCGCGCGCCCCGCACCCGCCAGCACCACCGUCUCGUGCUCCGCCCCCGCCGCCGGCGCGGUCCGUGCCUCCCCCUCCCCCGCCGCCCGCGAGCCUCGCGCCAAGGAACCCCCCGCCGCCCAGACCCACACAACCCCCGGCCCCGGCGCCGCCAUCCAUGCCUCCCCCUCCUCCCCCGCCGUCGCUGGCUCCGCCCCCGCCGCCCCCUCCUCCCCCCGCCCCGCCCGCGCCUCCCCCGCCGAGCUCCGAGGACCGGGCGGAGCUCCCGACCACUGGCAGCGACCCGCGGGCCGCGCUCAUGGCGAGCAUACGGAGCGGCAACAAGAACUUGAGGCCCGUAGAUUCCGUGUCGAAGUCUUCGUCCAGCACGGACGACAGUAGAAACAACCUACUGAGCGAAAUCCGUCAAGGGAUCACCUUGAAAUCGGUGCGGCGAGAGAGUGUCACUGCCAACGACGAGAAGACUACUAACAACGUAGAAAAUGCGAGCGGACUCGCCGGCGCUCUGGCCAGGGCGCUCAAGGAACGAGCGAGGGCGAUACACUCCUCGGACGACGAAGACGACACUGACAAUACUACCAGCGACGGAGAGUGGGACUUCUAG